CUUUUUCAGGACAACAUAUGCAGAACUCCGGAAAGGGACGAGUUGGACCGCCUGGCCCUCCUGGGAAACAGGGAUUGGUUGGAACUCCUGGGAAACAGGGACCUGCUGGUAUUCCUGGGAAACAGGGACCUGCUGGUGCUUCUGGGAAACAGGGACCUGCUGGUGCUCCUGGGAAAUCAGGACCAAUUGGACCAAAAGGAUCAAAAGGUAUCAAGGACAAACGACAUAGAGAUCAAGGGAAAAACUGAACCUUUUCUGACACCAACUGUGAAUGCAGGAAAAAGAGCAAAAGAAACUCCCCUUUCAACAUACCAACAUUUACAAGUUAGCCACUGACCCGGCUAGCUGUAAACAAUAACUUCCAUUAAUCGAAUUUCAGCUAAAAUCUUGUUUCUUUUUUAUGGUGUUUUUGAGUCUUUUGCAAGCCGGCCAUUUUUCAACCGUUAUAUGCUUGAUUUAUAAUCGUCAGAAUCCCAUAGGAAAAAAUAGUCUCAUGACAGCUCCAAUUUUGAGCCAAAUGAUGUAAUAAGUCGAGAUUGAGUGCUUGGGGUCUUUUUAUACUUCUAAGGAGAACAGGGAAAACAAGGAACCAACAAGUCAUUCCCAGGCCCUCCUGGUCCUAAAGGAGACCAGGGAGCAGUUGGAAAGACUGGAGCCCAGGGACCACAGGGUGCAAAAGGAGAAAAGGGACAGGAUGGAGCUGGGACAACAGGAGUGAAGUACGUUCGCUGGGGAAGGACCACAUGUCCUAGUGGUGCGCAGAUAGUUUAUAAAGGUAAGCGAAAAGGAGCUGACAUGAUAGUUACUAUUACUCCUAUGGUCCUAAAGACAGAAAGAGUGAUAACCUGUGCGAAAAGAAGCUUACAUGAUAGUUACUAUUAUGCCAUGAUUCUAAAUACAGAAAGAGUGAUAAGCUUAGGAUUUUUAUGCCACUUAUUCUGAGUCAUUUUUAAAAGUGGCAACUAUGAAAUUUCUCUAAGCUUGUUACUUUUACUGGUCAAUGACCCGGGCAUCUCUUCAAGUUAUCUUUUUGUUGCAUCUUUCCAGCAGUGUAACUGGUUCGUGCAUAAGACAGAGUGAAAUCUGGGUAUGAGAAAACGCCCUUGUUUUUCCCAACAAUGCGCGCUCUCACGGCAUUGUUUACGUCGAGGUCACAUGAAACUGUAUCCCGCAUAAAGUUUUUUUUACAGUCUAUGUCGUCGAUCGGAUCCUUGAACAUUGAAUAAUCACCCAUGAAGCAUAAAUGAUUACCGCUUGCUGAAAUGUAUUUUCAUAAAUUUGUAGUCAAAUACGCUUUUCUUUUCAGUGAUCAAAAGAAAUAGGCAGACAAUGAGUAGAGUAUUGUAUUAAAUUUUUGCCUAAAAAUGUUACAGCCGUUUGUUGUUUGUGGUCUUAGUGUUUAAGCAAUCUGAUUAGUUUCUUAUCUUUGACAAUCCAGCAAUUUUCACCUCCUAGCGAUAAUUGCGUGAACUAGGUGUUUUUCCAAUUUUCUGUGUAAGAACUAAUCAACAGAAUCCUAGGGUUGAUGUUUUUGAAAGUAAGAAAGGAUUUCAAAUUGUUUUAAUUGCGUUUUCCGAUUUACUUUGGCAUAAUGUUUUUCGCUUGCAAUAACAGCUCACUAGAGUAAAUGAGGCCAUUUUGUUAACUCAGCAUUUCCUAACAAGAGGAAUUCAGUUGCCUAGAAAUCAAAGUUAAUUUUUGACAAAAGAAAAUGAAAGCAAAUGCUUGCGAAAAUUCUUCAUUUCAAAUAACCAGGACAGAGAAAAGACGCCUUGCCUAGGCCUCCCUCAACCGCUAGCCGCCAUUUAAUGCACUUGCGAAGAGCGGAAAGGAAAGUUUGGCUAGUUGACAGAAUUUCCAAGAAUAAUUGUUAAUAAAUUUUUUUCCUUGUAUCAGGUAUAAUGGGUGGAGAACUUUACAAUCACCAUGGUGGUGGAGCGAACUACCUCUGCCUUCCACACAAUCCAAAGUAUGACAAGUACAAAGAUGGCCAUCAGAUGGCUGGAUACGUGUACGGCACUGAAUAUGAAGUGCAUCAGUACAGCGGUAACCCUUUUUAAGAGAAAUCUCCACGAUCAUGAAGCAACAUGUGUUGUCUGCUUCGUCAAGUCACGUGGCUCGAUGCUGAUGAUGCCUGCCAGGAAUGAUUGUCCAUCUGGAUGGACCGAGGAGUAUCAUGGGUACCUGAUGACAGAAAAUCAUGGACACAAGCAUUCAAGUGAUUUCAUCUGUGUUGACGAGGAUCCGGAGUAUGUUCCUGGUAGCAAUGCCAACAAGGAUGGUGCUUUGCUGUACCCUGUGGAAGGUGUUUGUGGCUCACUCCCAUGUCUUCCUUAUGUCAGCGGUCGAGAGUUGACAUGCGCUGUGUGCACCAAGUGA